AUGUUAGUUGUCCCUUCCAACAUAAGCGAUCAGACACUUGCUCUCGCGGCGAAACACCGCAGCAAGGGUCGUAUUCCGGUGUUAACGUAUUACCAUCGGGCGAAUGCAGCAACCAUCACGCGCUCAAGCCAGCCUAUGGUGGGAAUCGCACAGAAUAGGUCAUUUCAGGACGAGAGGCUUGUUGAGGCCAUUUUUUCUUCGCACAUGAGUCCGGAUGCUGUGACUACCAGCACAGAGCGCGUUUACGGAUCGACACUGACGAACUUGAUCAUUGAUGCAAGGCCUACAACAAAUGCCAUGGCGAAUUAUGCCAAAGGUGCAGGUUCUGAAAACAUGGAGUAUUACAAAAACAGCAAGAAGGUGUACUUGGGCAUUGACAAUAUUCAUGUCAUGCGCGAUUCCCUUGCCAAGGUCCAAGCGGCUUUCCGUACGAUAGAUGAACAGCUACUGUUGGAUUCGCAGCAAGAGCAAUCACAAAUCGCCGAUAUUUCCUUGGCUCUUCAGCGUUCACAUUGGCUCAAGCACCUCGAGGCCAUUCUGCAGGGGACUCUGCUCAUCGUACGGAAUGUGAACGUGCAUUCGUCGCACGUUCUUGUUCAUUGUUCUGACGGCUGGGAUCGCACAGCUCAGCUCACGUCCCUGGCGCAAAUUUGUCUGGACCCAUAUUACCGUACAUUCGAAGGUUUCGCCGUGCUAAUUGAGAAAGACUGGCUGAGUUUCGGGCACCAGUUCCAGGAGCGCCAUGGACUCGUCCACGGAAGCCCGUCAAAGUUUGAUAUGACGCCUCCUGUGCAUGAGUCGACGCAUGAUCUUGAUGCCUCCGACCAUGAUCAGCAGCUGGCAGACAAUCCACGGGGAGUACCGUCAUUCUGGGAUUUCACCAAAACUAUCACGGCACACUUUCAAGCCAACGGUGCAUCGCAAUGUGCGCCGAUUUUCUUCCAAUUUCUCGACUGCGUGUGGCAGCUGCAGUACCAGAAUCCGGAUCGAUUCGAGUUCAAUGGAGGUUAUCUUGCCGAACUGGUACUCCAAAUUUUCUCUGGUACCACCGGCACAUUUUUAUUCAACUCGGAACGUGAGAGACAAUCGCCGUUACUGCCAAACAAGGAACGAAGUCCAUCCCAGAGUACCCCCAGUGUUUGGGAUGAACUUCUCCCUAGAAGAGGCAUGUGGCGCAAUUCAAUGUACAACUCGUGCUUGGAUAGCACGCAUGGUCAUGGUGAUCAAGGCGUUCUGUUCCCACGCCCCAAAGAUGUUCGAUUCUCUGCAGACCUGUUCCGCCACUCAGACACGUGUUUAAACGCACUUGUCGAUGCUAAGCGUUUAGAAUACCAACGAUUCCAUGAGAGGCUGGCUGAAGCCGGGCAAUUCGUACCCGCCAAAUCACCUGCGACUUCGGAUACACAUGCCGAGCAGCGAAGCCCUGAGGAAGCUUUCCAAAUGGCUGCGCGGAGUGUCCGAUCCCUCUUUUCUGACGGUUGGAACCGUAUGCAAGAGGCUCUACGAAAAUCAACAGAGAAUGCUGGAAUGCCUGAGCCAGCCCCAAAAGACUCCGAGUCCGACAUGGCAAUACGCGGAGGCUAUGCACCUGCUCUCCAUGAGCAUCAUCACAAUCCAUGGGUCUCCAAAAGACCUGACGAUUGGCAGUCAUUUGACGCCCUCUCUAUGGACGACGUCAAUUGCAAUGCAAGAGCUUCGACGACACCCAUUAGUCUUGCGCAGCCUUCGACGUCUUGGCCUUCUAUGAUGUCCUCUUCUCCACCUACAUCACGCGAGAUAUCCGCAUCAACCUCAGCCCAACACUUACAUCACGAACUUCCUUCCACAGCUGCGUCAGCGCUGACAGCCUCCACAGAUCCUUUAGGCGUGACCAAUCUGUAA